AUGGAUUACAACAUAUCCUUAUCCACAUCUCUCAUGCCCAACUCUUCCCAAUAUAUAAAUCUCUCUGUUCGACCUGCAAUCUACUACAGCCUUCCCUAUCGCCUUCUUGGUACAAUCGCUGCAACCCUCAUUCUCAUAGUCGGUCUGUCGGGCAACUUACUUGUGAUCACGGUGAUUACGUGGUCCUCGAAGAUGCGUAGUCCAACAAACUGCUACCUCGUAUCACUUUCCUUCAGUGAUAUGCUCUUUCUCCUGCAUGCUACAGCUCCAUUUAUCUGGGAGCUCUAUGUCAUGAUCGGACAGUGGACACUGGGCACUCACGCCUGUCGAAUUAUAGUUGCAAUGCAAUACCUCUGUGUAGACACUUCUGCUCUUUCCAUGGCGGCAUUUUCUGUGGAGCGUUGGGUAGCUAUCUGUCACCCAAUGCGCGCUCAAACCCUCUGCACCGUGAACCGAGCACUCAAAAUCAUCGCUGGCAUUUGGAUCUUCUGUGCUGCCUAUAAUUGCGUCUGGCUCUUUACUCUGGACACGCAAGUAGUUGAAUAUGUCUAUGGCACCUAUCGAACCUGCACCUAUAAGUUUUCGCGAAUGCGAUACUCCACAGUGUACCUCUUGGAUUUUAUCCUCUUCUACACUCUCCCUCUAGGCCUGAUAUUUGUCAUGUAUACGCAGAUCACUCUACGACUCUUCAAAUUUCACAAAUCCAUCUGUCUAAACCUGAAUAAAGGGAAAUCAGAAAGCAACAGAAAUGCUGUGGUUAAAAUGUUGAUGGCAGUAGUCAUACUCUUCGCUGUCUUUUGGUUUCCAUACCGAACCCUGGUGGUGUAUAACAGCUUUGUCACGCCAAAACGCACCGAUUACUGGUUGAUACUCUUCGUCAAGACGAUGGCGUAUCUCAAUUCCACUGUCAACCCGAUACUCUACAACGCAAUGUCCAAGAAGUUCCGUCGUGCUUUCCGCCUGUUAAUUACACAGACUUCCUGCUUCGGACGACAAAGUAAGAUGAACAGUGUGCUGGGCAGUCGACGCACCGAGUGCAUUAGAUCGCGAGAUUACUUUCGUCACGUUCAACAACAGAGACACCAGCUUUCGAGGACUGUCGCCAACUUAACUCAGGCAAAUGAGUCACAAGCUCUUGCCUCCAACAACAAAAAUGAAGCCCUGGCGGAGGGAUGA